AUGUCUGCAGUUUCCCCGGAAGAGGUCUUACGAUGGUCGAAGUGGGACAAAGAAACUUUGAAACGCAAAGCAGAAGCUACACUAUCUGAUGAUAAACAAGAUUUUAAGGAUAAAAAGACUGCAGAAGAUAUACUUGCGGGGCAAAAGGAUUGGUCACCUGAACUGAUAUUGAAAAAAAAGGGUGCCAGCAGAUUUGAUACUGAGCAUGGGGUGGACAAAUAUAUAGCAACAGCUAUAAGUAUGAGGUUACAGAAGGCUGCCAGCGCAAAAGCCAAUGAAGAUGCCAAAGAUGCCCAAAAGGCCAUGGCAAAGUUAUCGAUGAACAGUUCUUCGAACGAUCGAGAAAUUGCAAAUCAGGGUGCACUACCAAGGGAGGGCCGUAAUAGUGUCGCACGUCAAACAGGCAAGCACGAUCGCGAUCACAGCAUCCCGAGAGCCGGAGAACCGUCAAAGAAACCUGCCACUGAUUCUACCAAGACUGGCUCUUCAAAGCCUUCCAGUCAUUCCACUGCCAGCCCAUCGAACGCUCCCAGACCUCCCGUUGCCAGCUCUUCAACUGCAACUGGCUCUACACAUGAUAAGCAUCCCGAAUCUAGAUCUUCAAGACCCACCAACCCUACCACUGCUAGCUCUUCAAAGCCUCCCAAUCCUCCUACUACUACUUCUACACAUGGUAGACGUCCCGAACCUAGAUCUUCAAGACCCAACAACCCCCCCGCUACUAGUGCACCCACCCCCAAACCCCCCAAACCUACCACGGUCGUUGCAAGCUCUUCGAAUUCCAGCAGCGGACCAUUUUCUAAAAUCGAUCUUAAAGAACCAUACAAAAAGGUAGGUGAAGAUUUCGUGUGCAUUAAAAACCCAAGAUUGUCUGGAGACUUUUAG